GGCGGCGGCGGCGGACGAGGAGCCGCGUCCGAGCAGAGCUGCAGCGGCUGCCGCGGGCACAGGAACGCCGAGCCCAGAACGCCCUCGGCCCAGGCCCGCGGGGACGGAGCUCAGUCCCCCCGCCCCCUGUCCCUGACCCGCUGCGGAGCAGGGCACUCGCAUCACGCAGUCGGGCGCCCCCUCGUCGCCUCCCCUGGCUCCGCAGGAUCUGAGGACUCGGUGGGAAUCCACAGGGCGGUCCUCGCGCCCUGCAGGCGCUUCCGUGCCAGCCGCGGAGCCGCCUGGGGCUUGGGGAAGACACCUUGUGCGUUAACACCCACACGUUCCAGCCCAGGAGGGUGGAUAAGUCCUUCACCCCUCGCCGGAGUGUGUGGAGAAGUGAUGGGCCGAACCAGCGGUUCCCUCAGGCACUAGACCUGCCACGAGUGGACUUAGUUCCCUCCCACACUGAUUCACUCUACCCUAAGAACACAGAUCUGUUUGAGAUGAUUGAAAAGAUGCAGGGAAGCAGGAUGGAUGAACAACGAUGCUCCUUCCCACCACCCCUCAAAACAGAGGAGGACUACAUUCCCUACCCGAGCGUUCACGAGGUCCUGGGACGAGAGGGGCCCUUCCCCCUCAUCCUUCUGCCCCAGUUUGGGGGCUACUGGAUUGAAGGUACCAACCACGAAAUCACCAGCAUCCCAGAGACAGAGUCACUGCCAUCACCCACGACCAAGAUGAAGCUGGAGUGCAACCCCACAGCCCGCACCUACCGGAAGCACUUUCUUGGCAAGGAACAUUUCAAUUACUACUCACUGGACACUGCCCUGGGCCACCUUGUCUUCUCACUCAAGUAUGAUGUCAUUGGGGACCAGGAGCACCUGCGGCUGCUACUCAGGACCAAGGGCAGGACAUACCAUGAUGUCAUCCCCAUCUCCUGCCUCACUGAGUUUCCCAAUGUGGUCCAGAUGGCAAAGCUGGUGUGUGAAGAUGUGAACGUGGAUCGAUUCUAUCCUGUGCUCUACCCCAAGGCUUCCCGCCUCAUUGUCACCUUUGACGAGCAUGUUAUCAGCAAUAACUUCAAGUUUGGAGUCAUUUAUCAGAAGCUUGGGCAGACCUCUGAGGAAGAACUCUUCAGCACCAAUGAGGAAAGCCCUGCCUUCGUGGAGUUCCUUGAAUUUCUGGGCCAGAAGGUCAAACUGCAGGACUUUAAGGGGUUCCGAGGAGGCCUGGACGUGACCCACGGGCAGACGGGGACCGAGUCUGUGUACUGCAACUUCCGCAACAAGGAGAUCAUGUUUCACGUGUCCACCAAGCUGCCCUACACAGAAGGGGACACCCAGCAGUUGCAGCGGAAACGACACAUCGGGAAUGACAUCGUCGCUGUGGUCUUCCAGGAUGAGAACACACCCUUUGUGCCCGACAUGAUCGCAUCCAACUUCCUGCAUGCCUACGUGGUGGUGCAGGCUGAGGGCGGGGGGCCCGACGGCCCCUUCUACAAGGUCUCCGUCACUGCGAGAGACGACGUGCCCUUCUUCGGGCCCCCCCUCCCGGACCCAGCUGUGUUCAGGAAGGGGCCUGAGUUCCAGGAAUUUUUGCUGACAAAACUAAUCAAUGCUGAAUAUGCUUGCUACAAGGCAGAGAAGUUUGCCAAACUGGAGGAGCGGACACGGGCCGCCCUCCUGGAGACGCUCUAUGAGGAACUACACAUCCACAGCCAGUCCAUGAUGGGCCUGGGCGGCGACGAGGACAAGACGGAGAACGGCGGCGGUGGCGGUGGCUUCUUCGAGUCUUUCAAGCGGGUGAUCCGGAGCCGCAGCCAGUCCAUGGACGCCAUGGGACUAAGCAACAAGAAGCCCAGCACCGUGUCCACCAGCCACAGCGGGAGCUUCGCACCCAACAACCCUGACCUGGCCAAGGCGGCGGGAAUAUCAUUGCUUAUUCCUGGGAAAAGUACGAGUAGAUUCGGACGCCGGGGCAGUGCCAUAGGCAUAGGAACCGUGGAAGAGUCACUGAUUGUCCCUGGGAAGAGCCCCACGAGGAAGAAGCCGGGCCCCUUUGGCUCACGCCGCAGCAGCGCCAUCGGCAUCGAGAACAUACAGGAGGUGCAGGAGAAAAGGCCCAGUGCUGAAUCCCCCCGCUGCCCCCGUGUGCCCCUCAGGGAGAGCCCCCCGGCUGGCCAGAAGACCCCAGACAGCGGGCACGUCUCACAGGAGCCCAGGUCGGAGAACUCAUCCACUCAGAGCUCCCCAGAGAUGCCCACGACCAAGAACAGAGCGGAGACGGCAGCCCAGAGCGCCGAAGUGCUGAAGGACUUCUCUCGCUCCUCGUCCAGUGCCAGCAGCUUCGCCAGCGUGGUGGAGACGGAGGGUGUGGAUGGGGACGAUACAGGCCUGGAGAGCGUCUCGUCCUCAGGGACGCCCCACAAGCGGGACUCCUUCAUCUAUAGCACAUGGCUGGAGGACAGCGCCAGCACGACCAGUGGGGGCAGUUCCCCAGUGAGGUGGCUCCCUCCUGCCCCCCUUCCCAGGCCCCUCACGGUCACCCCACCCGGACGCCAGCAAGUCGGGGGACCCUGCGUGUCCGGAGAUCAAAAUCCAGCUGGAAGCAUCUUCACAGCACUCGCCGCAGCUGGGCUGUUAGCCAGGCUCCCCCUCUGAAGGUGAAACUGAGCAGAUGAGGCCGCAGAAGCACAAGGUGAAGAUGCUGUGUCAAAUCCAGGCAGGCGGGACCUCUGCCCCCAAGGCCAGCCCCAGCCUGCAGGCUGCCCCUGCCUCCCAGCCCUCCCCUGAGCGUGCCCAUCUGGGCUGUCUCUGCAGGGCAGAGCCAUCCAGACCUGGGAGUGGGGAAGCUGCUGGCAUCAUCCUCACCCCCCAGGCUGGGGCAGGGAGUGAUCAGUUGAAGCAGGACUCCAGGCCUGGCUUGCCCUCACCCUGGGCCCUCUUAUCACACAUGCAUGUCCCUCUGGCCUCAGGGGACGCAAGACAAGAGGAGGAGGCUGAGAUAUCUCAGUACCUACAGAGCGACUGUGGAGGUGGUGGGAUGUGAGAUGUGGUGGAAUGAGCACUGGGCUUGGAGUCCUGAGUCCUGGCUUCCCAUUAGGAUUCUGCUGUGUGACUCUGGGCAAGUCACUCCCUCUCUGGGUGCCUCUGCUACAAAUGGACAAGACUAUUUCAGAGGUCACUGAAGACUGUGAUUCCCAUGCCCCUGCCCCAGAAUGAGGAUUAUACUCCUAGGGGCCUCCCCUCAUCCUACCCUGCUUCUUGGGGUCCCUGGAGCCCCAGGUGGGCUGAGGGGCAGGGAGCUGGCUGUGCCCAUUGUCCCUCCUGGACCCUCAAGCUGUACCGCAGAUCUGCCAAUGCCCUGUCUACUGCCUCCCCGUGGCAGACAAGUGACCCUCUUGGCGGGGGAGGGGCCUGCCUAGCUCCUCAGCCAGCACCCACCCUAACCCCUGCCACCCCAUGCUCUCGGCACUCCCGGCCGAGGGGUCUCAGCCGGCCUAGAUUUAUGGGCCUUGCCUUCCUGUGCCCCCAGCGCCCAUGGAGGGGCAGCCAGGCACAGCUGCUGUGAGUCCGCAUUCUUGCGUGUGUCUGUCCACACUUUUUAGGCGCCAUGCCAAAGGCCGGCCUUCUGGCCCCAACACCCAUUUUGGAAGCCCCUGUGGCCGUGUGUGUGUCAGUAACAGUUGUACAAAAUAAAUUCUAUUUAUCGCUAUUG